AGGCCUCAGGAAGAGGCGUGAGCAUGGAGCGGCUUUGGGGUCUACUCGAGAGAGCGCAAGAAUUGUCCCCUCGAACCUCUCGGACCAUCUAUAAGCGGGUUGAAGGCACCCAGCAGGGGCACCUGGAGGAAGAAGAGGAAGACAGGGAAGAGGGAUCCGAGCCCCCGGCCCACUUCUGCCCCAUGGAGCUAAGGGGCCCCGAGCCCCUGGGCUCUAGACCAAGGCAGCAAAACCUCGGAGCCUGGCUGGCAGCAGGAGGAAGGGCCACGCCUUACCUGGUCCUGACAGCCCUGCUGAUCUUCACUGGGGCCUUCCUCCUGGGCUACGUGGCCUUCCGAGGAUCCUGCCAGGCCUGCGGGGACGCUGUGCUGGUGGGCAACGAGGACGUCAGCUAUGAGCUGAGCCCUGACUACCACCAGGGCCCGUUGUACUUGCGUGACCUCCAGGCCAUGUUCCUGCGGUUCUUGGAGGAGGGACACCUGGAGGACACCAUCAGGCAAACCAGCUCUCGGGAACGAACGGCUGGCUCGGCCGGCAUGGCUGCCUUGGCUCAGGACGUCCGCUCCGAGUUCUCCCGCCAGAAGCUGGACCACGUGUGGACUGACACACACUACGUGGGGUUGCAGUUCCCAGACCCGGAUCACCCCAACACCCUGCACUGGGUGGGUGCGGCCGGGAGAGCCGGGGAGCAGCUGCCUCUGGAGGACCCCGACGUCUACUGUCCCUACAGUGCCACCGGCAACACCACGGGAGAGCUGGUGUACGCCCACUACGGGCGGCUGGAGGACCUGCAGAACCUACGGGCCCAGGGCGUGGAGCCAAAGGGGCGCCUCCUGCUGGUGCGCGUGGGGAGGAUCAACUUCGCCCAGAAGGUGGCCAGUGCCCAGGACUUCGGGGCUCAAGGAGUGCUCAUAUACCCUGACCCAGCAGACCUGACCUCACACACACACAAGCUAGGCCUGUCCAGCCACCGGGCUGUGUACGGACAUGUGCACCUGGGAACUGGGGACCCCUACACGCCUGGCUUCCCCUCCUUCAAUCAAACCCAGUUUCCUCCAGUCCAGUCCUCUGGCCUCCCCACAAUCCCAGCCCAGCCCAUCAGUGCAGACACUGCCUCCCGCCUGCUGAGGAAGCUUAAAGGUCCUGUAGCCCCUAAGGAAUGGCAGGGGCACCUCCCAGUGUCCUCUUACCGCCUGGGCCCUGGGCCGGGCCUGCACCUAACGGUCAACAACCGCAGGACCUCCACCCCUAUCAGCAACAUCUUUGGCUGCAUUGAGGGCCACUCUGAGCCAGAUCACUAUGUUGUCGUCGGGGCCCAGAGGGACGCAUGGGGCCCAGGAGCAGCCAGGUCUGCCGUGGGGACCGCCAUAUUGUUGGAGCUAGUGAGGACCGUUUCCUCCAUGGUGAGCAACGGCUUCCGGCCCCGAAGAAGUCUUCUCUUCAUUAGCUGGGAUGGAGGCGACUUUGGGAGUGUGGGCUCCAUGGAAUGGCUGGAGGGCUACCUCAGUGUGCUGCACCUCAAAGCGGUCGUCUACGUGAGCCUGGACAACGCAGUGCUGGGGGAUGACAGGUUUCACGCCAAGACCAGCCCCCUUCUCAUCAACCUCAUCAAGACCAUCCUAAAGCAGGUGGACUCUCCUAAUCACAGUGGACAGACCCUCUAUGAGCAGGUGGUGGUCACCAACCCCAGCUGGGAGGCUGAGGUGAUCCGACCCCUGCCCAUGGACAGCAGCGCCUAUUCCUUCACCGCCUUUGCGGGGGUUCCUGCGGUUGAAUUUUCUUUCCUGGAGGACGACCAGGCGUAUCCGUUCCUGAACACAAAAGAGGACACGUACGAGAACCUGCACGCGGCGCUGCGAGGCCGCCUGCCCGCAGUGGCCCGGGCUGUGGCUCUCCUUGCCGGCCAUCUGCUCACCCGGCUCAGCCAUGAUCACCUGCUGCCGCUCGACUUCGGCUGCUACGGAGACGUCGUCCUCAGUCACAUUGGCAGCCUCAACGAGUUCUCCGGGGACCUCAAGGUUGAGAGCCUGGUUGCUGGGAAUGGUCGUGGUCCUCAGAGGGAAUGUGGGAGCGAGACUCAGGAGGUUGAUGUGAAUGUGGAGUUCUACUUCCUGUCCCAAUACGUGUCGCCAGCUGACUCCCCAUUCCGCCACAUCUUCCUGGGCCAUGGAGACCACACACUUGGCGCCUUGCUGGACCACCUACGGCUGCUUCGAAAGAGUGACUCUGGGGCCCUAGGGACCUCCUCUCCUGGGGUUGCACCCAGCCUAGGCUUCCAGGAGAGCCGCUUCCGUCGCCAGCUGGCCCUGCUCACCUGGACGCUGCAGGGGGCAGCCAACGCACUUGGUGGGGAUGUCUGGAAUAUCGACAACAACUUCUGA